AGAAUAGGUGCGGCUAUGGCCAGUGUGGCUGCAGCGCCUUCCUGGUCCACCGAACUAAUAAGAGAAGUUACUCAGCCUCAUAAUAUGUUAGGCCAGAAUGAACUGCAUGGAGAUAGCCAAUCACCAAUAAUAUCUCACAUAGGAUAUGCGAAACAUGUUUUACUCACAGUUCUAUAGAGUUUACGUCGCUCAUUACUGCGAGACGAGCGAGUGGGACAGUACAUCACGUGAUAAUAUCCUCGAUGCUGAAGAUGCUCCGCUGCCCCGCUUUGGGUAUCGACCACGGAAGACUAACCUGAUCAGAUCACAUGCCCCUCCUAGUUUAUUAACCCCCACCUUAAAAUUCUCUGGCUGUCGCUCGCUCAUAAGUUUCAAAGCUUCAGACGACUCACUUGGUGUAGUUGUCUCCAUGCGAUGCAACAAAGCGCCGCUCCAAAAGAUUGCAAAACGCAACUUCUCAGCACACCACCCAUUUGCUUCGGAGCAGGCUUUGUACCCUCAGAGUACCUUUUCAGAUUGUUAUGACAACCAGAAAAGACGACUUGGAAUCACGGUGGGAAACGCUCCCUGCAGACGAUGAUCGAUUGAAGAAGCUUACCGAAUAUGUAUCACUCGAAUCGAUUGAAAAGGCGACCAAUGAUCGGCUACUUCUUUGUAGAGAUUGCGAAGAAGUGGUUUUCUUUGAAGCGGAUCACGAAGUGUGGAACACCAAGCAAAGUCAUGGCAUCAUGAGACUUCCUGCAGGCAUAUCUGCGACAAUA